UGCUUUCCUUCAUGAAUUUCUAGUUACAACUGGUAUAUUUUGACAAUAUACCAUUCUGGAUUACAUAGUUAUUGAUGGGCAAAUGUAUAAAGAAAACCCUGCUCUUUAACGUUAUGUUGUGCAAAAGAGACACUUUUCCAGUUCUCUGUUAACCAGAACCAGUUGUCUGACAUUUCUCUGCAUUUACUGUGAGUGGCUGCCUCAGGGUGGGGUUAGUUGCUGGGUUAAAAGUGCCUGGUGCAAGCUUGUGAUUGGCCGUUGGAAUAAAUAAAGGCAGCAUGAGUAGGCAGAUCUGGCUGCAGCCGGAGCAGUAGUUGCUGAUGUAGGUUGGUGUAUGUGUGAAUGAAAGCAGCAGCCACAGCCUGUCUCACGCCUUGGAAUAAGCACUAGAUCCUUGUGGUGCUCUAACCAGCAGCCCAUUACCUAAGCACAGGUCACCUACAAAGAAGAGCACAACAUGAGUGGAAAUGAGAGAAUCACACAGGAGCUGUGUGGAGAGUCAGAACUGAAAGAGGGAGAGAUGCGUGAGUUUGAUGUUCAAGGUCAGACUAUCCUGCUAGUGAAGAGUAAUGGAGUUUUCACUGCGGUUGGCGGCAAGUGUACCCAUUACGGUGCACCUCUGAGUAAAGGAGUCCUGUCAGGCAAUAGGGUCCGCUGUCCUUGGCAUGGAGCCUGUUUCAAUAUUGAGACUGGGGAUAUUGAAGAAUACCCGGGACUGGACAGCCUGCCUUGCUUUGAGGUGACCAUACAGAAUGGAAAAGUGCUACUUACUGCCAGUAGGAAGGCCCUUGACAAUGCCAAGAGAGUGAAGGAAAUGAGCAGACACAACAACGGGGACAGGACUAACAUAGUCCUAAUAGGAUCAGGGCCAGCAGCACUGGUUUGCGCAGAAACGCUUCGCCAAGAAGGUUACAAGGGACGAAUUGUCAUGGUGACUAGUGAGAAGCAUCUACCGUAUGACAGGACAAAACUUAGCAAGGCAAUGAAUGCAAAAGCCACAGAUAUUUACUUACGUCCGGAGGAUUUUUUUUCAUCUUAUGACAUUGAAGUCUGGACUGAGAAAGAGGUGGUGUCCGUCAAUACCGAUGAAGGCAAAGUGAAGUUUAGAGACAAUUCAACCCUUCACUACAGCCAACUUCUAAUUGCUACUGGCAGCAGACCUAGAGAGCUUACUUGCCCUGGAUCCGGUUUAAAGAAUGUUUUCCUGCUGCGUAGUCCUGGUGAUGCCAAUGCAAUCAGUGAAGCAGCCAUAGGAAAGAAUGUGGUUAUAAUGGGCACUUCUUUUAUUGGGAUGGAGGUUGCAGCAUUUCUCUCUGACAAAGCAAGCUCUGUGUCUGUAAUUGGGAGAUCCGAAUUCCCUUUCCAGGCUGUACUUGGACCUCAGAUCGGAGAAGUGGCUAUGAAGCUACUACAGGAGAAAGGAGUGAGUUUCUACUCGAGGACAGACACCAGAGAAAUCAGAGGAGAAAAUGGGCAGGUGACAGAGGUGGUCUUGAGAAAUGGCAGCAAACUUCCUGCUGAUGUUGUAGUAGCUGGCAUUGGGGUCACCCCAGCAUCAAACUUUCUCAAAGGCAGCAGAAUUGCAGUGGAUACCAGAGGAGCCAUCUUUGUUGAUCAGUUCAUGCGCAGCAGUGUCCCCGAUGUCUUUGCAGCAGGAGAUGUUGUAUCUUUCCCACUUUCCAUUAUGGAAGGCCACAGAGUUAAUAUUGGUCACUGGCAGAUGGCACAUUCCCACGGUCGUAUAGCUGCCCUGAACAUGCUACAUAAGCAGGUACCAAUUAACUCUGUGCCUUUCUUCUGGACUUCACUGCUAGGAAAAAGUAUCCGUUACACAGGUUACGGUGAAGGUUACACAUCGAUUGAACUGAAAGGAAACCUAGAGGAAUUGAAGUUCCUGGCCUUUUAUAUCAAGGAUGAGUAUGUUGUUGCAGUGUCCAGCAUGAACUAUGACCCAAUUGUGGCACAAGUAGCAGAAGUCAUGCUCUCUGGCCGGAGAAUUACCAAAAAGGAAGUGCUGGCAGAAGACUUUUUGAGUCUAAUAACUAAAUAAAAAUGCCAAGGAGGAGCCACAUGGAUAUCUGAAGAGUAAACACACAAAAGGGACAUGCUAUAUGGCACCUUACGUUCCUAUGACCAACGUAGUGAUGUUAUUGAUUU